UCUAUGUCUUCAUUUCCAGUAUCACUCCUGUUUGAAAGCAUGAAAAACGGAAACACCACCACAUAUUUCAUUCUUCUAGGACUCUUUGACCACACAGAAGCCCAACGAUUUCUCUUUGCGAUGGUUCUGACAACUGCGCUCGCCUCCCUAGUGGGCAAUGCGCUCAUGAUUUUCCUGAUUCACCGGGAUGUCCGGCUCCACACGCCCAUGUACUUCCUACUGAGCCAACUCUCCCUCAUGGACAUGAUGCUGGUCUCCACCAUUGUGCCCAAGAUGGCUGCUGACUACUUGACUGGAAAGAGGUCCAUCUCCCCUGCUGGCUGUGGGCUGCAGAUAUUCUUCUUCCUGACUCUAGGAGGGGGUGAGUGUUUCCUCUUAGCAGCCAUGUCCUAUGACCGGUACGUGGCUGUUUGCCACCCACUGCGAUACCCCGUCCUCAUGAGCUGGCGGUUAUGUCUGAGAAUGACUGCGGGGUCUUGGUUCCUGGGGGCAGCUGAUGGGCUCAUGCAGGCUGCCGCUACCCUGAGGUUUCCAUUUUGUGAUGCACAUGAGGUCGAUCAUUUCUUCUGUGAGGCGCCUACUCUGCUGCGUUUGGCUUGUGCUGACACGUUUGUCUUUGAGUUUGUAAUGUACAUUUGCUGUGUGCUAAUGCUCUUGGUCCCAUUUUCUCUCAUCCUGAUUUCCUAUAGUCUCAUCCUCGCCGCAGUUCUCCAGAUGCGGUCUAGAGAAGCCCGCAAAAAGGCUUUUUCUACCUGCUCCUCACAUCUCUUUGUGGUGGGACUCUUUUAUGGAGCUGCCAUUUUUACCUAUAUGCGACCCAAAUCCUACAGGUCAGCCAACCAGGAUAAAGUAGUGUCAGUGUUCUACACUGUCUUCACCCCUGUGCUGAACCCCCUCAUCUAUAGUCUGAGGAAUAGUGAAGUCAAGGGAGCCUUAAGAAAGUAUAUGGGCCAGUGUUCUGCCUUAAGUCAUGACUGA